UCAAACGUCAGUGGUGCUGUCGAAAUCUGAAACUAGCAAGUUACACUUUCUCUCAACAAUUGUGAUGAAUCGCUCUCAAAUCCUAAUUUUAGUUCUAUCUAUCCUCGUCACCAGGUCACAUUGCUACAAACCAGUGUUCCUGCUCCAUGGAAUCCUCACGGGCGCCGAGAGCAUGCUCAUCAUGGAAGAGGAAAUCAAAAGGCACCACCCGGGAACAAAGGUUUACAUGACUGAUAGGUUUGCUGGUUGGUCUAGUUUAGAGAACUCCUGGCAUCAAGUCAAAGAGAUCGGGACUGAUAUAAUGGAGAUUUGCGAGAAACAUCCUGAGGGAAUCCACUUGGUUGGAUACUCACAAGGAGGAUUGCUGGCCAGAGCAAUUCUGCAAACCUACACCAAUCAUUCUGUUAAGAAUUUUAUCUCACUGAGCUCACCUCAGGCUGGGCAAUACGGAACUGAAUUUCUUCACCUGAUCUUCCCGAACCUCACUGUGAAAGCGGCCUUUGAACUCUUCUACUCCUUUAUUGGACAACACACUUCCGUUGGGAACUAUUGGAAUGAUCCUCAUCAUCAGGAUCUGUUCUACAAAUACAGCAACUUCUUGCCAUACGUAAAUAAUGCCAUUCUGUCGACAAACUCUUCCCAAUUCCGCGAGGGAUUACUGAAACUGGACAAAAUGAUCCUUGUUGGAGGACCAGACGACGGAGUUAUUACUCCUUGGCAGUCGAGUCAUUUUGCCUAUCUUGAUGAGAAUGACGAGGUUGUUCCUCUUCAUCGGAGGGACAUUUAUACAAAGGACACCAUUGGAUUGAAAACUUUGGAAACAGAAGGGAAACUCAAGAUCGUCUCCUUUCCUAAUGUGAAACACCAUCAGUGGCACUUGGACGUUAAGGUGAUAAAAGAAGCAGUUUUACCCUUCCUCGAUUGAUUUUCUGGCUGUGUGCAUAUAGAGAUAUUUUGAAGAUAAAUGGGUUCUAAAGAGUCUAGGAUUUUCCUAAAAAGCAUUAUCGAAUCCACAAACCCAAGAUUUGUUGUAUCUUCUGUGUCCAUGCUAAAUUUAGUACACAACACUCCCUUGAAUAUGUUUCUAAACGCAUCAAGCUCACAUCAAAUAUGUAAUUCGCAGCAAAGGACAAUCCAUCACUUUGUGAAAUGCUUGAAGGACUUCCAAAGGGCAAAAAACGCAAAAAGCAUUUCUCUUGCCAGAAAUGAACAUUCA